AUAGUCGCGGUUGCGUUUUACGCUUGCUACCGCGAGAAUAAUUGAUGGCUAAUCGAGACCGUCAGGGUCAAUCGCCCCGCGACGAGCUCUCCCGAAGAGCGACCGUCCAACUUUCAGCGAGACAUCUCUGUCGCACGUUGCGUGGCGCCUCGAGAUAUUCCACGACGGAACAACUAACGACAGAAGAGCUCCUUCUGCCCAGCGAUCAUGAAAGUCAGCACGGUGUGCUUCUCCAUAAAAUUUGUGCUCCGCAUCUUCGGCGUCUGGCCGAACGCAUCGUGCGUCGUCCUACGCAGGUUGUUCUGGUCCGUGUUGCUGAUCGUCACGCAGGUCUUUCAGUACGCGUACUUUGUAGUGCACCUCCGCACGGACGAUCUACCGGACCUCAUGGACAGCCUCAGCUGCGCCCUGGCCUACACCCUGCUGCUCAUCAAACUGAUUAUCUUCUGGGUCAAUGAGCGAAAAUUCCACGAGGUCCUGACGAUGAUCGCCAGCGACUGGAAGGAGUGCGCAAACUAUCCGUUCGGCAUGCACGUAACCACCAGCACGGCCACGAUGUCGUAUCGCGUCUCGAACGCGAUAAUCGGCCUCCACAUGGUCGCCGUGCUGACCUAUAGCUUCGGCGUGCUGUUGUCCGACGUCGAGAACGCGGGCUUUAAUGCGUCCACCGUGCCUGCGCGACCGCUCAUCAUAAAGAUGGAACUGCCCUUCGACAGCAACAGCUCACCCGUCUACGAACUCGUGAUGGUCGUGCAAUUCUUCCAGCUGAUGUCAAACGCCUGCGCGAUCGACGUGCUGAACGCCUUGAUCUUGACGUUGAUACUUCACGUCGGCGGUCAGAUCGAUAUCUUGCGAGAGUGGUUAACGAACAUUUUCCCCAGCGGUGGUAUGUACGGCACGAGUGGAAUCACCAUAAAGACUAUCAUCGGGAAACACCAGAAAAUCAUCAUGUUCUCCGAGAGUGUCGAGAGUCUCUAUUCUUACAUCGCGCUCAUGCAAUUUGUAUCAAACACCUUGAUCAUUUGCUCCAUAGGCUUUGUCAUUGCCUCUUCGUUAGGCAAUCCGGACGUUUCCACGAUAUUGGUGAAGACCCUGCUGUUUUACAUCGUCAUGAACCUCGAGGCCUUCAUCUUCUGCUUCGCCGGGGAAUAUCUGAGCACUAAAGUCAGCAGCUUGAACAUCGCUGACGCGGCUUACGGGUCUCAUUGGUACGAUAUGCGUGUGAACGAGAGUCGGCCAAUAACGUUCCUGAUCCUGAGGUCCCAAAAGCGACUAACGAUUACGAUCGGAAAGAUCAUGGAUCUCUCAUUGGAACGUUUCGCUAGCAUUAUAAAGGCGUCGGCGUCCUACGUGUCGAUGCUGCUGGCCAUGUCCUGAGAGAGAGAAAGAAAGAAAGAGGAAGAUAAAGGGACACGGUUAGCAAUCACACUUAGUUGCGAAAAACGAGCGUCCAGAAGCGAGCGAUUAGUUGCGAGAAAGCCAUGAGCGAUUUUCGGUAACGAAUCGCGCUCUAGAUUGAGAGCCUCAUGUAAAUCUAGGAUCCGUCCUGACUACAAGACGACCGAUUCCACAUGUGUUACUUUUAGAUGUUAAUUAUUCAACUGUACGACUCUGUCGUGCUGGGGUGAAAUAUACGUCGUUGCGCAUGUU